AUGGACGCCAGUUAUGUAUGCAGCUGCCAGGACGUGUUUGACCUGCUUGUGUCAGAGGGGGCUGACGUAUCUUUGAAGGAUGACUACAGCAACACUGUAUUUCAGUCAGCAUGUGUAGGUGGGAACCUAUCCAUUGUGGAAUGUCUACUGCCAAAAUCUGAAGUCAACAGUUCGGAUUAUCUCGGCAGGACUGCACUUAUGAAAGCUGCUGAGUCAGGGCACAUUCAUGUUUUUGAUUUUCUUGUGUCACAAAAACUUGAUCUGGAACUGACUGACCACUUCAGUAACACCGUUUUACAUUUUGCAUGUGAGGGCGGGAAUGUAGCCAUUCUUGAACAUUUGCUGACAACACCUGACCUCAAUGCGAGGGGAACGAAUGGCUGGUCACCAGUUAUGGUAGCAUCUCGAUUUGGAAAGUCAGAUGUUUUCAACUUGCUUGUUUCAAAAGAAGUGAAUCUCAAUCUGACUGACGAACACGGUAACAACAUGCUUCACCUCGCAUAUCAGGGAGGAGACAUGUCGAUCACAGAGCAUCUGCUUCCAUUGUUUGACAUCAACAGCCGUGGACAGGAUGGCAGGACGGCUGUGAUGUACGCAGCUGUCAACAGAGUGAAGAGUGUGUUUGAUCUGCUUGUCUCAGAGGGAGCUGAUACAUCGCUGAAGGAUGACCACAGCAAUUCUGUGUUUCAUUUAGCUUGUCUGGGUGGAAAUAAGUCAAUAGUGGAACAACUACUUCCACAUGUUGACAUCAACAGUUUGGGAGACAGUGGGAGAACAGCAAUCAUGAAGGCAGCUUCUGUCAGAAACAAAAGUGUUUUCGAUUUUCUGGUCUCAAAGAACGCCGAUCUGAAAGUGAUCGAUGACUACAGAGAUAGUGUCCUACACUCAGCAUGUAAGGGAGGCGGGUCCACGAUCGUUCAGUGUGUUCUUCAAAUGUUUGACAUCAACACCAGGGGAAAGAAGGGUUUGACACCAGCGAUGAUAGCAGCCUCGUUAGGAAACAGACAUGUGCAUGUUUCACAGCAAGCAAAUCUCACUAUAGCUGAUGACUAUGGUAACAACGUUCCUCAUCUCGCCUGUCAAGGAGGAAACAGGUCCAUCAUAAAGCAUCUGCUUCCGCUGUUUGACAUCAACACUCGUGGACAAGAUGGCAGGACGCCUGUGAUGUGA